UCGCUCAUCGCCUUCUCUCUCCCCCACUCUAGACCUCUCUCCUCCGCAUUGUUCGCUGCUUUUCAGAGAAGCGAGGAAUAUCUGCGGCGGAGGGGGAAGAAGCGCCGCCCCAGUUUCAAAAAGAACCGCCACCCCUCCCUCUCUCUCCCCCCCUCCCGUAUUAAUUUCGGUUGCCCCCAUCCAUCCCCUGCGUCCUCCAUUUUCUUGGUCGCCGUGCAGAGCUCCAUAGUACUCUGCCUACCAGCCGCUCGUAGCUGGAGUGUUUGCCUCCGUCUCUCCCCGCCUCCCCUGUCCGGUGAUUCAAACAGUGUUGUGUCUUGGAGGAGUAGUCUCCUCUCUUCAAUGCGAGGAGAAGGCACCGGCGGUGGGAGGAGCAGCGGUCGUCCUUGCUGAGGUUUCCUCAAGCUCGGUCCCCGUCCCUGUCCUCGAAAGCGAACUUCUUGGCGACCAGCGGCAAGGAAGCAGAGGAGGGGAGGGAUAUAAUGGCCUCCACGGAAGGUAUCCUUCUUCAACCUCUCUACCAGAUUCUGGUGCUCCCAACACAAUAUUUUUCUGCUUCCUUCUCCCCCUCUGCUUUCCUGCUUCCGUCCGUCCGGCGAUGCCGGCGGGGCCAUGACGAAACUCUGGGAGUUUUUCCUGCUUGAACCUGCAGGCGGCGGCGGCGGCGGAGGAGGAGGAGGAGCGGAGAGGGCGGAGGAUCCUCUCCUUGGCUCCGGCGAGGAAGUGCAAGGAGCGGCCCAGGAAGAGAGCAGGAGAAGCUCAGGCGAACUUGCCGAUGCGGAUUGCGGCAGCAGUGGUUCGGUAACUGAUGCCGCUGUACCGAGUGAAGAUACCAGUGAGGGGCAUAGCAGUGACAGCAGCAGCAGCCAGUGUGCCGGUUCUGAUGGAGGUGGCAAAGAGGUGCCUGAAAUGUUCUCCAAGAGCUGCAAUGAUGAGAACAGCUUGUGCACCGACCAGAGCUCUCCCCGCGCCGUGCUGGACAUAUCGGUGUCCGGCAGCGUCGACUCUGACGAGAGCUCCUCCGUCGAGCAGCCGGCGGAGCCCAGCCGCAGCGUGCAGCCGCUGCAGUGGAGGAAUUUGAUCAGUGGGCUGAUACUCAGCAGGAAGAAGCUGAUGGCCAGGGCGGUGACGUUCCCUCAGCGGUCCAAGAGCACGGGGCUUAAAAGGUACCUGGGGAGGAUGCGGAGGGGCAAGAACCAGAUGGACUGCAGCGCAAUCGCCCCGGAGAUCUUCCCUGAGAUCGAGAAGUGGAGGCCAUCAUGGAGGAGCUUCGACUACGACGAGCUCUGCGCUGCAACUGACAGAUUCAGUUCAGAUAAUUUGAUCGGAAAGGGAGGGCACGCUGAGGUGUACAAAGGACAGCUUGCUGAUGGACAGUUUGUGGCGGUGAAAAGGUUAACAAAAGGCGGCAACAAGGAGGACAGGAUCAGCGAUUUCCUAUCCGAGCUUGGAAUAAUAGCGCACGUCAACCACCCAAACGCGGCACAGCUCUUGGGGUUCAGUGUGGAAGGGGGCUUGCACCUGGUUCUUCAGUUCUCACCACAUGGAAGCUUGGCUUCUCUUCUCCAUGGUGCAAAGGGAGCCCUCAAGUGGAAGGCCCGGUUCAAUAUCGCACUUGGAAUCGCUGAAGGGCUAUUUUAUCUACACGAAGGCUGCCAUCGGCACAUAAUUCACAGAGACAUCAAGCCUUCAAAUAUUCUUUUAACUGAAGAUUAUCAACCUCAGAUUUCAGAUUUUGGCCUUGCGAAGUGGCUUCCUGACAAAUGCACCCAUCAGGUUGUAUUCCCCAUUGAAGGCACAUUCGGUUAUAUGGCCCCAGAGUACUUCAUGCACGGGAUCAUAAAUGAGAAGACGGAUGUGUUUGCAUACGGAGUAUUGCUUCUUGAACUAGUGACAGGGCGGAAAGCCGUGGACUCUUCUAGACAGAGCCUGGUGAUAUGGGCAAAACCGCUGCUCGAGUCGAACAACAUGAAGGGGCUGGUGGAUCCUUCUCUUGAUGUUGGAUAUGACCCAGAAGAGAUGGCACUCACCCUGGCAGUGGCGUCCAUGUGCAUCCACCACAGCGCAAACUUGCGGCCUAGCAUGAAAUCGGUGGUCCGUUUCAUGAAGGGAGAUAGGGAAUCACUCGAACUGAUGGGAAAGCCUAGACCCACAAAGCCCCCAAUGUUCGACUCCUGUGAUUCAGAGGACUACACUCGCACGAGUUACCUCAAUGAUCUGGACAAGCACAAGCAGCUUGCGUUGGAGCAGUGAUCUUUUUAGCCGACUUUGGACAGAUUCGGCAUCUUUUUGUACAUCGUGACUAUCUUCAUUGUGAUCCUCCCGCUUUCCAGAGAUGUUUAUAGAGUGUAUGGAUAGAUGUGAGGGAUCAAUCUGUCGUUUGCCUCCCUGUCGCUGAUCUAAGGUGUCAUUCUUGGCUUCCAAUGGUCACUGUGUGCUGUGGUACUGUGACCUGUAUGGCCAGGGCCAAUGAUGUUGGCUGUAUGCCUGUAUGUCACAAUUCCUCAUAUGGGAACAUGCUUAGAGAUAGAAGAGUGGAAUGUAUUUUGGUCAUCUGCAGGGUUUAUUCAUGUGUCCUUUGUUA